AUGGCAUCCGCUUCGUAUCUCCCUCGUCGGCUUUUCACAACUUCCGGGCCCUCCUUAAUAGGUCAUGCACGGUCAAUUGAUACCAAUUUUCGGAUAUUUCAAGAGGGUGAUAGGGUGAUAUUAAACACAACGAAGGGCGUAACGUUGACGACACCACUGGCAAAAGACAAAAGAACAGACGUGCGCGGCGGGUUUAUUGAGCAUAAUAACAUCAUUGGUAAAAGUGUUAGAGAUGUUGUAAGGACACACAAUGCUCGUGGCGACUUCCGAAUAACCCAGCCUACACUUGAAGAAUAUGUUUCCCUAACUCGACGGCUCGUUACACCGGUGUAUGCAGCAGAUGCAAGCCUCAUAGUUUCGCUCUUAGACAUCCACACAUCACCUCCAAAGAGUGAUGAACAGCAUGGUGAACCGCUGGAGAUUCUUGAAGCCGGUACAGGCCAUGGAUCUCUGACAUUACACCUUGCAAGAGCUAUAAAUGGAGCGAAUACACGCCCUCCACCCAUUCCACAAGCCACCCAACGAACAAUCCUCAAUGCGCAGGAUCGCACUCCUAACACAACCGAAAGCACCGAGGAGGAGAACGCUAAACAGAAAGAUUGGGAUGCAUGGAGAGCUAAGCGCAAUGCCAUUCUUCACACCGUUGAAAUAUCACCCAAGGUUUCAUCGCACGCUGAAAAGGUUGUACGCGGGUUCAGAAGAGGCAUUUACACUGGGAGCGUGGAUUUCUACGUAUCCAGUGCAGAGAACUGGAUUCAGCACCAAAUUGAAACCCGAAGCUCGAAACUUCCGCCCCAUGAGAAGCUAAAGCCGUUUUUGUCCUAUGCCCUACUAGAUAUGCCAUCGGCAGAGAAGCGCAUUCCGGAAGUUGCGCGCGUUCUUAAAACAGAUGGCGUACUAGCUGUUUUUGUGCCGAGUAUCACCCAGAUAGGCGAUUGCGUUCAGUUGAUUCGGGAUCAGAAUCUCCCAUUUGUCUUCACAAAGGCUGUGGAGCUGGGUAUGGGGAUUAGCGGUGGGAGGCUAUGGGAUGUUCGCUCAGCCGUUAUUAGGGCCAGCAUGAAAUCUCAGGGUGAGACCGAAGCUUCAUCGAGCGAGGCUGAGAAUGAUCUGAUAGAGACUUCGCUUGACGAGUGCCAACCUCACCCUGUAAGUGAAGACGGCACCAGCACACACUUAAAGGGGGGUAGUGGGCAAGAAAACCAGUCCGUGAAGCAUGUAAUGGUUUGCCGGCCCAAAGUUGGCGAAAGGAUAGUGGGCGGUGGAUUCGUUGGCAUAUGGAGAAUGGGGAGGGUUUAG